AUGGAAGACAUUAAACCCAUAUAUCCGUCAGAUUACAAAAAAUAUACCCUCAUUUCGGAAGAUGAAACGAAGUCAGCAUAUAAAUCAGAAAUCCAACAAUUUCCCAUACUUAAAGCUGUCGACAACCUGGUUAUUGCAAAAUCAUUUGACGAAUGCAAACUCGGUACGACAGGAUAUUUGAUAGAUUUUAAUAAGUUACCAUCCGGUACUAAUAUUAAUGGAAUCAUAUUAAUCCAACCAAAAAGAAUACCUUCGAUGGUUCUUUUCUUCCCAACAAUGGGAUUCACAAUAUGCGAAGAAGAAAUGGAUAGUAUAAGAGAAUUCAUAAAAAUGGAUGAAAUAAAUGCUAUCAAUUUUGAUUACUGUGCAAAUGUGCUCAACAAAUAA